UGUGUUUCAGAACGCUUCCCGACAUGGCCACCUGUAAUGAUGGUCACAUCAGCAAACAGACCCCUGCUCCAGCCAGGCUGAGUAACAGAACCUUUGUGUCUACUGUUCUCCCCGACCCAGGAUCACACAAGAGGAGCUUAAGCCUCGGAGAUAAAGAAAUAAGCCGGUCCUCUCCUUCACCGGCCCUGGAGCAGCCUUUCAGAGACCGGUCCAACACUCUGAGUGAGAAGACGGCGCUGCCCGUCAUCCGAGACAAGUACAAAGACCUGACUGGCGAGGUGGAGGAAAACGAGAGAUACGCGUAUGAGUGGCAGAGAUGCCUGGGGAGCGCCCUGGAUGUGAGUAUGUCACUUCUCUGCACCCGCGUGUUCUCUUGCACUGUUUUGUCUCCUCCUUGGUUCUUCUGAAUGAAUGCAGGAAAA